AUGAACGUGAAACACCUUGCCGUCGCCUUGAUGUGCGCCGGCGCGAUGACAACCACCGCCCAGGCCAGCACGGUCACUUACGCGGGCACGCAGUACGACAUUGGCGGCACGUUCUUUCCAGGCGGCGGCCCCGCUGACGCCAACGCGUAUGUCGUCGCCGGCUGGCGCGGCAGCGACGUGGCGAAGACCCACGACCUGGACAGCAACAACACCUACGGCAGCGCUGGCUACGCGAUGUUCGGCACGCGUUUCGACUACCCGAACGCCAACGCCACCGGCGGCAACGCCUUCGUGAAUCCCACCGACAACAGCGUGUUCCCGAAUCUGAUCGACCUGCCGAAUUGGGUCUCCGACAGUCAGAUCCUCGCCAGCCGGAAGGCGGGCGGAUGGGGUUAUGCGCUGAUUGACGACCCACAACUCACCAACGGCCCCCGCGACUUCACUUGGGGCGCCUCGCAGACGCCGGCGUCAGUGUUCCAGCCGCCGUACGUGAAGCUAGGCAUCCUCGACGGAACAGGCACGCCGAGCGGCGCCGAUGGCGUCGGCGCUCCGGCCGAGCGCUGGAGCUUCACCCUCGGCGCCGACGCACCGGACGUGUUCCGCGUCGGUGUGAUGACGGAUGGCUUGGACUCCACCAACUGGGCGCCGAGCGAGGUUCGGAUUUCGUCGAGUCUCGGUGGCGGACAAGUGAGCACCGGCACAGUGACGAAGAACCGCUUCAUCGACAUGCACUUCUUCGACAUCGUCGGCGGGCAAUCGGGCGAGACAUUUACGUUCUACGCCUUCAACCCCGGCGGCGGCAGCGCAGGCAUUUCGGGUUUCACUUUCGAGAUUCCCGAGCCGGUCUCGGCGACGCUUGUGGGUCUCGCAACGAUUGUCGUGACGGCAAACAUGCGGAAUUUUUUAAAUCGUCGAGCGAAUCGAUCGCGGCGCUGCGGGGGCGGGUUCACGCUCGUCGAGCUGCUGGUCGUCAUCGCGAUCAUCGGCAUCCUGAUCGCCUUGCUGCUGCCGGCCGUCCAGGCGGCGCGUGAAGCGGCGCGGCGGAACGCCUGCUUGAACAACGUCAAGCAGCUGACGCUGGGCGUCCUCAACCAUGAGAGCGCUGUAACGCGACUGCCGGCCGGCUUUACGACGCUCGAUGGCUCGGGCGACAUCAAUCACACCUGGGCGACUUACACCCUCCCCUACUUGGAAGAGGCGUCGCUCUUCGGGCAGAUCGACUUUGAUAAACCGGUCUUCGAGCCGUGGGAGGACGCCGGUC